UCGGAGAAGUCACCGCACCGCCCCUGCCGCUCCAGCUGUUCCCACCGCUGUCCGCCUGCUGUCUCCCCGCUGCUCGCUGCUGCUGCCGCCUGCCCUCAUUUCCAAUGCAGCAGCGACCAUGACAGGCAUCGCCGCUGCUUCUUUCUUUUCCAACGCUUGCAGAUUCGGGGGCUGCGGACUUCACUUCGACUCUCUGGCCGAGCUCAUCGUGCACAUCGAGGAUAACCACAUCGAUACAGACCCCCGUCAGCUGGAGAAGCAGGAGCAGCAGCAGCCGACAUAUGUUGCCCUCAGCUACAUCAACAGGUUCAUGACAGAUGCUGCGCGGCGAGAACAUGAAACUUUGAAGAAGAAGGUGCAGCCCAAGUUGUCUCUGUCUCUGUCAGGCAGUCUGUCUCGCAGCAGUGUUUCCACUCCGCCUCGCCACACCAGUGGAAACCUCACCCCUCCAGUCACCCCACCCAUCACCCCUUCCUCUUCCUUCCGCAGCAAUACGCCUACAGGUAGUGAGUGUGAUGAGGAGGAGGUAGACUUUGAGGAGUCUGAUAGUGACGAAUCGUGGACCACGGAGAGCGCCAUCAGCUCCGAGUCCAUCCUCAGUUCUAUGUGCAUGAAUGGAGCAGAUGAGAAGCCUUUUGCCUGCCCUGUGCCAGGCUGUAAAAAGAGAUACAAGAAUGUGAACGGGAUCAAGUAUCACGCCAAGAACGGCCACCGAACCCAGAUAAGGGUGCGCAAGCCCUUCAAGUGCCGGUGUGGGAAGAGCUACAAAACGUCUCAGGGUCUCCGCCACCAUACCAUCAACUUCCACCCACCCAUCUCUACUGACAUCAUCCGCAAGAUGCAGCAGUAGAGACCGAGUGAGCGACCAGCACUCUCCCUCAGGCCACUUCCCAACCAUCUGAACACCACCAUCACCAGCAGAGGCUGUUUCUCAUUCCACCCUUUUCAACCCCGCCCCCUCCCCCUUCUCUUCUCUCUCUUACCCCACUUUGCUAUGACACUAUUUUUGAUUGCAUGGUAUAAAUGUGUUAUUAUUCAUCCUUAACUUUUAUUAUGAAUGUUGAAUCUUUAUGUAGUUCACAGUUUUGUAUUUUUGCACAAUUAAGCUAUCAUUUAUCUAUCUGACUAUUUUGUUUCGACAUAUGGUGCUCGUUGAUGAUGAGGGCUCGCUGGAGACUGGAGAAUGGCCGCACCAAGUCACGAGUAGCCUUGCAUGUACAGUAAGGUAUCCUGCUUUAAAGGCAGUGUGAAGUCAUAGGAGACUGGGGAAAGAUUUGUAUAUUUUUUUUUUUUUCAGGAAAGUAGGAUCCAUUACUUUGCAUAUGUUGCAUUUGAAUCUAAAAUGCAACAGAGGCAAAUACAAUCAAUCAGAAUGUGUGUGGUAUGACAUUCUCUAUCAGACUUAAUGUUAAUAAUCAGUUGUUUGACUCAGUUACUUUUCCUUUCAUAUCACAAGUAUUCCAAACCUUUUUUCAUCUGUUUUACUGCAAACACUUGUGUGUGAGCACCAAAGGAUGAUCUCAGGUGACGUUUGCAAGCAUUUCAGCACCACAAUCCUGCCCAAGCAUUCAGAUAGUAUUUAAUGCUGUUCAGUGGGAUCAUGGGAACUCAGUGUGUCAUAGCUGCCUAACGUUCCCGGUCACUUUCCUGACGACAUAAGCAGUUUUUCCUUGCUGUUUUUACAGCGAGGAAUCAAAGCACUUUUUGUAACAAGUUGCCAACAAAUUAGCAUUUUCUUUGCCAAUAUCUCGUUUCUGGUCUAUGUACAGUAGCAGCCAAAAACGAGGCGAAAAGGCCUUCAGAGCAGAAGUUUGCAAGUUCUACAUUGCUCCAAGGGAUGAUGUAUACCAAACCUCCAGUGUUUCCAGUAUUGUGAGAUUUCUGUAUGUACAGUAGUUGCCUUGAAUUGUAAACCAUUCCAAUCAGUACAGAUCUUUGUAUGGCUUUAUUUUGACAGUUCAGACAAAAUCAGCUGAAUGCAGACAUUACACAGACAGCUCGGCCCGGACUGUCUGCUGUUCACCGACUCCCCGCUCUUAUGAAACCAUGUGAUUGUGUUUGUCAUGGAUAGAGAAAAGCUGGGGCAGAUGUUAGCCAUGUAUUUAGCACAUUUAUGUUGGGCUGUGAGGUUAACACAUGCGGCUCCUACUUUGUGCCAUAAAAAUAUGUCUGUUGAAGGCAUAUACCAUCAAAUCCAUGAAAUAACUGAAGAGGAACACCACCUAAAUUAAGAACUGCAAUAAGUUACUUCCAUGGCAUAGGAAAGUCCGAUCAGUGUUUGUGAACAUGAGCUACUCUCCCUCAAAACCAGACAUCAGAGAAGUAAGUCUCAAACUUGUGAUGUCGUCAGGUAUAAAGUCUGGAGCUGUUCCACAGACAAUGAAUGGGAGACUGAUUUUGUGGACCUGCAGAAUGUUUGGGGGGGUUUUUUAUAGCCAAAUGAGCUUUAUUCUGUUGUAAUGUCCUCAGUUCUGAAACAGACAAUGGACCCAUAUACUCAGCGCAUUCCCCAUUCAUCUCCAACAUCUUUGCCAAUUCAUUGUCUAUGGAACAGCUCCAGACUUUACACCCUAUGACAUUGCAAAUUUGACUUUUAGUGCUUUGGAUUUGGAAGAGUUGUUCAUGUUUACUUAUAUUUCUCGACAGCCUUAGAUCAUAGGAAUGACAUGCAUGACUUUUGAAAAUGGGCAUAGUUCCCCUUUAUAUGCCACAAGAUUGGGGAUUUAAAAACUUUGAGCCAUUAUAAGUAACAUCUUCACUGCAUGGAUGUUAGCAUCGAGGAACUACGGUCCAAUUGAGAAUUGUGACAGUAUUGUACUGCCAGUAUGGAGGGAAGUCUUUGAUAUAGUGUAUAGUGAAUGUAUUGUUGUGUUAAGUGCAUUAAAUUAUAUUUUCAUAUGUUUCUGGAGUUACAAAAAAACCCAAUAGUAUAAAGUGUAUGAAAAGGCAACACCAGAGGUUGUUUGGAGAAACUAAUGGUGAUGUACUGUAUUUCUUCAAAAAGCUGCUUCAUGUAAACUUUUGUUACAUUUAGAAUAAAAAUUCCU